UUAGAUAGGUUGUAUUAUCUACAUGCAGUGACCACUAAGAUUUUAUCAAAUCUUGAGAGUGGACUAGAAGAGGAUGGAAGCAUGGUGGAACUGACCAAUGAAAGUAGACAAGCAUCUAGAGAAUUAUGGGAGAGCAGAGAGAUCCAGUUGCUAUAUGCUAUUGCCAAUUGCUUGCUUGGAAUUAAGGAUUACAUAGCUGCAUUAGAAGCUUACAGAUCCCUGCUAGUGAAGGACAAGAAGAACAAAGUGGCCUUGCUCACAGGCUUGGGAAGAAUCCAUUUACAGAUGGGAGACAUACCCCAAGCUUCAGCAUACUUUAAACAAGUGGAAGACCAAGUUAGUUCAUCUGAUCCCCAAGGACAAAGUAGAGUACUAAUGAAUAGGGGAUUUAUGGCCCUAGCAGAGAGCAACUUUGAAUUGGGCCAGGACUGCUUUAAACAAGUGUCUGAUAUUGACCCAACCAAUGCUUUGGCUAUCAACAACAUGGCUGUGUGCUCAUUAUACACAGGAAAAUUAAAAGCUGCAAUUGCCAUCUUGGAAAACCUUCUCCAUAAAGACCCCAGCACCACAUUACAGGAGGGUGUUCUCUUCAAUCUUUGCACUCUUUAUGAACUGGAAUCCUCACAGGCUUUGCAAAAGAAACAGGCUUUAUUAGAACUUGUCAGUAAACACAAAGGAAAUGGAUUUAAUAUAGCUUCUCUGAAGAUGUAAACUGUCGUUUUAUAAGGUGCGAGUAUAUCAGUAUGAUGUAAGACUUCUGUGACAAAUAUUAUGGCGUUUAUUGUCUUGACCAAUUAUGUGUUAGUUUCAUUUGGCAUGGAAAGUAUUCCACUUGCAAUAUUACCAUUUCUUUAAAAAUAGUGGCAAUUUUGUGGUGCUAUCAUUAAAAUGAUUUCUUUUUGCUGUUGUAUGGGUCUCUUAAACUUCAUUCAGAUAAUGACAGAGUAAUCUUCAGUUAUCUUGUAAGUUAUGAUGCAUCUGUUUUGUUGUCAUCUUCAAAGCAUUAAAUUGAAGAAAGGCAAAACAAAAGAAAUGAGAUUGAAUGGAACAACAUUUAUUUUUAACUUCAAUAAUACAUAAUGUCUUAAUUAUCAAAUCUUGAAAGUUGGAACUAUGGCAAUGAUUUGUAAGAUAUCACUUAUCUAAGGGUCUGUAAAUUGAGUAUCAAUAUAAAAUGUUGUGCUAAUGUUCCAGUAAUAAGAAACUACCUUUAAGGUAAAUAAUGAAAAUAAAGCAAAUUAAAAUCUCAAUUAAAAUGUUGUCUUCUGUAUAAUACUCAUUUGUAGAGUAGAAUGGGGCUGGUUGUGACAGGUGGGUUGUAAUGGACCAGAUCAAUUCUACUACGGCACAAUGGUUAACCGCGAUUAUACAAGAGAGCAUUGCGCGAUCCCAGAGGUCAUUGCGUUUCUCCCUUAGAAGCAUUGUCUGCAAUGAUGGC